CGGGGCGAACAUGGCGGCGGCCGAGGCGGCGGCGCUGAGGGUGUCGCGGCAGGAGAGGGAGCUGCGCUGGCUGGCGGCCGAGGUUGGGCGGCUGAAGGAGCCGCAGGAGCCGCGCUGCUCCGGCACCGCCAGCCCCGAGCUGCAGCGGCUGCGGGCCGAGAACGAGAAGCUGCGCUACCGCCUGCUGCACCUGCGCCGCAGCCUGGCGGCCGAGCUGGGCCGGGCGGCGCCGGCCGAGCCCCCGGGCGGCGCGGAGAAAGUCUGCAGUGCAAGUCCAACUGAUGCAGUGAAUCACAAUAAAGAGGAAAAGAAAAAAGAAAAUAAAGCUGUGAAUCAACAUCAGAAUGAUGUGCAGUGUGUGCCAAGCUUCAUAGAAGACAGACUGAAGCUUUAUGAAGCACUGAAAAAAGAACAUGAUGCUUUGCUAGCUUACAGAGCAGCCAAUGAGAGCAAAUCUAUCAAAAUUACUCUGACAGAUGGAACAGUGGCUGAAGGGGAAUCUUGGAAAACCACGCCAUAUCAAUUAGCUGUAGGAAUUAGUCAAGCGUUGGCCUCGAAUGCAGUCAUAGCCAAAGUGAAUGGUGAGCUGUGGGACCUGGAUCGUCCACUGGAGGGAGAUUGUACUCUAGAGCUGCUGGCCUUUGAUGAUGAAGAAGGAAAAGCUGUUUAUUGGCAUUCAAGUGCUCACAUCCUUGGAGAGGCCAUGGAAGGAUAUUUUGGGGGCUGCUUGUGCUAUGGACCACCAAUUGAGAAUGGAUUUUAUUAUGACAUGUAUAUUGAAGAUAGAGGUGUGUCUAGCACUGAAUUCCCACUACUAGAGAACCACUGUAAAAAUAUCAUAAAAGAGAAACAGGCUUUUGAAAGGCUGGAAGUCAAAAAGGAGACUCUGUUAGACAUGUUUAAGUAUAACAAGUUUAAGUGUCGUAUCCUUAAUGAGAAGGUGAAGACACCAACUACCACGAUAUACAGAUGUGGUCCACUGAUUGAUCUCUGCAGGGGUCCACACGUCAGACACACUGGAAAAAUAAAGGCUCUUAAAAUAGUUAAGAGUUCCUCUACAUAUUGGGAAGGAAAAUCUGAUAUGGAAACUCUGCAGAGAAUAUAUGGAAUAUCCUUUCCUGAUAACAAAAUGAUGAAGGAAUGGGAAAAAAUACAGGAAGAAGCUAAAAACCGGGAUCAUAGGAAAAUUGGAAAGGAGCAAGAACUCUUCUUCUUUCAUGAUUUGAGUCCUGGAAGCUGCUUUUUCCUCCCCAGAGGUGCCUUUCUUUAUAACACACUCAUGGAUUUCAUACGGGGGGAAUAUCACAGGCGUAAUUUUACUGAAGUUGUGUCUCCAAACAUCUUCAACAGUAAACUCUGGGAAGCUUCAGGACACUGGCAGCACUACAGUGAAAACAUGUUCUCUUUUGAGAUCGAGAAGGAAACUUUUGCCCUUAAACCCAUGAAUUGUCCUGGACAUUGCUUGAUGUUUGCCCACCGUCCACGAUCCUGGAGGGAAUUGCCUCUUAGACUUGCAGAUUUUGGAGUUCUGCACCGAAACGAGCUCUCUGGGACUUUAAGUGGCUUGACUCGUGUACGGCGCUUCCAGCAGGAUGAUGCUCACAUCUUUUGCACAAUGGAACAGAUUGAAGAAGAAAUUGAGGGCUGUCUUGAUUUCUUGAAGUCAGUAUAUGCUGUCUUUGGUUUUACUUUUCAACUACAUCUUUCUACAAGACCUGAAAAUUAUCUUGGAGAGUUAGAGAUCUGGGAUCAUGCAGAAAAGCAACUUCAAAACAGCUUGAAUAAAUUUGGAGAGCAAUGGCUUUUGAAUCCAGGAGAUGGAGCAUUUUAUGGUCCUAAGAUUGAUAUUAAAAUCAAAGAUGCAAUUGGGAGGUACCAUCAAUGUGCUACCAUCCAACUUGACUUCCAGCUGCCCAUUCGAUUUAAUCUUACUUAUGUUGGUAAGGAUGGUGAUGAUAAGAAAAGGCCAGUGAUUAUUCACAGAGCUAUUUUGGGAUCUGUGGAGAGGAUGAUAGCAAUUCUAGCAGAAAAUUAUGGAGGAAAAUGGCCCCUCUGGUUGUCCCCACGGCAGGUCAUGGUGGUGCCCGUGGGACCGACAUCGGAAGAGUAUGCCCAGCAGGUUUGCAACCAAUUUUUUGAAGCUGGAUUUAUGUCAGAUGUGGAUCUAGAUCAAAGUUGCACAUUAAACAAGAAAAUUAGAAAUGCACAGCUGGCUCAGUAUAACUUCAUUUUAGUGGUUGGAGAAAAGGAGAAAGCAAAUAAUGCUGUCAACGUGCGAACAAGAGACAACAAAGUUCAUGGAGAGAUUUCAGUAUCUUCUGCUAUUGAAAAACUCAAGAAACUUAAGAGUUCACAUAUUCCAAAUGCAGAAGAAGAAUUCUGAUGUUGCUGUUGGGGGAAAAAAAAAUAUUAGCUGCCUGUGGGAAAUAUUUCUUGUGCACAUCAGUGAUGCUCAUCUGAGAGAAUUUUCAGUUAAUGGAUACACAAAAUAAGCCAGUGUAGCAAUGUUGGUGCUCCAGGAAAAGCAUGAGAGGACAGAUGCACCUGCCAGCUCCUUUAGCAAUCACAUGGGUUUCCAAUCUGCCUGAGUCAGAGAAUGCUUGCUCAAAAAGUCCUGCGCCUGUAAUAAGAUAUGUUGGGUUUGCUGUGGAAGUAAAUCAGGGCUGCACGACCCCCAGGAACAGGAGGCUGGGAAGGGCAGUGGCUGCUGUGGGAAUGCUGAGCUCCCUCCCUCACAGGGCAGGUGCAUACCUGUGUUACAGAAUCCAGAGCUUGGCGGUCAGUUGGUGCCUGAGGAGCAGUUGGGUUUAGUUUUUUUCUAGCUCUAGAUUGUAACAAAAAACUUUUGUGGGGGGAAUAGCUUGGUUGUUUCAGAAUCUGGUCACAGACUACAAAUACUUUCGUGUCUUUGGAAGUCUCAGUGAAACAAGGCACUGAUGGAGUUGGUGUGAUAACUGGUUGCUGCAAAGGUGGUUGCCAAGAAUGCAGUUGAAUUACUCCCCAUAUCUCUGUGUCAAGUGUUUUAUUUUUUCCUGUGUUUGCUGUUGAUUUGGCUUUCUCCUAAAACAAAAAAACUUCGAAAAACCUUUCUGUGUGUAAUUUAUUGUUGUGUUUGCUGGGGAUACUGAGGGCACUGAGAAGGAGCAGAGGACAAUUCUAAUAUUAAAACAGCAUGUUGGAAUUUAAAUUUGCUAUAUUUCUGUUUUGUUUAUGCUUAUAAAUGAUUUUUAAAGUUGCCAUUGCAGGCAAUUGAACUGGAUUUUUUCUGAGAUUUUUACCAUGAUUUCUUUUCACUUUCAUAUGCUGUUUCCUAGUUGAAUGGCUUAGACAGUGUUAAAUGUGUUGCUCAGUUAUCUAAGCUAUACAGCUGUGAUUUAAAUAGUUGUGAUUUAAAUGCCACAGCCAUAAAGCAGAAAAUACUAUUUAGUGCAUAAAUGUUACACAGAUGCAAAGCUUGUGUUUUACUUCUGCCUGACACUUGUACAGACUUGUGUUUAAUAGGCCUUUGUUUAGUUUGGUAUUUGGUUGGGUUUGUGCAUCUCUUUUUAUCUCCUGCUUUUAGAAGAAAAGG